AUGGUUGAUUCAUUUCGAUCAACAGCAACUAAUUUGGUUUGUCAUCAUGAAAAUUUGUGGACAUAUGAUGGAUCAUUAACAAUGAUUUAUGGAAUUUUUCGAAUUCCAAGUCGUAUGACAAUAAUACGUUUAGAAGAAACAAAUAAAUUAGUUAUUAUAUCACCAUUUCCACCAACAAGUACUAUUAAAAAUUUAUUAGCCGAAAUUGGUGAAGUUAAAUACAUAGUUGUUCCAAAUAAACAUCAUACAUUUUGGGCAUUAGCAUUUUUAAAAGAAUAUCCAAAUUCAUAUUUAAUUGCAACAGAAGGUGUUAAAUAUGAUGAUAGAUUCAAUAAAUAUAUUGAUGCCUAUUUUACAAAUAAUGGUUUAUCAAAUAAUACAAAUUGUUUAAUGGAUAAAUCGAUUGAAUGGCCAUAUAAUGAAAUAAGUUAUUAUUGUUUUUACAGUGUUGAAAUGUUAUAUGAAGUUAUUUUUUAUCAUAAACCUUCAUCAACAUUAAUAUUAACUGAUUUAGCAUUUAAUUAUAGUGAAUUAGGUGAACAAGUUAUUCGAGCCGAAGGUUAUUUAUUACGAUUUUAUCUUUGGUUAACUGAUGGUUAUCAUCAAGCUUGUGUUACAAAACCAUAUAAAUAUUUUUUUAGAAAAAAAAUUGAUUUAGUUAAGAAUGAUUUUGAUCAGUUAAUGAGUCGUUAUGAAAAUUUUAAUCGCCUUAUUAUGGCACAUGGAACAGUGAUUCCAUAUGAUGGUUAUCACUUAUUUAAAUUAGGUACAUAUCAGUUUUUUAUGGAUUUAUAUAAUAAAGAAAAACAAACAAAACAUAAAUCAUCUAUCAUUAAGAAAUUUGGAUUUGUUAUUAUAGUUGGUGUAUCGAUAUUCAUUAUAUCAAAAGUUGUUCGUUCUUAA